CAACUUGUUUCGACGUCAGCUCCCUGCGCCCCGAACCAAGUAAACAUUUCCGUUUUUCUUGCGAUGGAUUCAAACAAGGACGAGGCAGAUCGCUGCAUCAACAUAGCUAUAAAUGCAAUCAGUAACAAUCAACAUGACAAAGCCAGAAAGUUUUUGGAGAAGGCACAGCGUCUUUUCCCGACGGAUCGAGCCGAAAAGUUAAUGGACUCGUUAGCACAAAACGGAAAGCCUCCGGAGGCGAAUGGAGCUGCAAUGAACGGAGACGGUCCCUCAAUGAGACACCGAUCCCACAAAGAAGAGGCAAAUAGCACACAGACGACCUCAGACUCAACCAAGACCUACACAGCAGAACAGAUGGAAGCUGUCAGGAAGAUUAAGGCCUGUAAGGAUUAUUAUCAAAUUCUGGGAGUUGAAAAAACAGCCACCGAUGAAGAUCUUAAAAAAUCUUACAGAAAACUGGCUCUUAAAUUUCACCCAGAUAAAAAUCAUGCACCUGGAGCCACAGAGGCAUUUAAAGCUAUUGGUAACUCUUACGCUGUUCUGAGUAAUCCUGAGAAACGAAAGCUGUACGAUAACUACGGAGAGGAGAGACACAGCCAACACCAACACAGACAUCACCGUGAGUUUGAAGCAGAUAUUUCACCUGAGGACAUCUUCAACAUGUUCUUCGGUGGAGGGUUCCCAACAAGUAAUCUUUACAGAAAUGGAAGGAUGCACUUUGCACAUCAUACUCGGCAGGAGAGACGAGGCGAACAGCAGGGAGACAGAGGCCUUGCACUCUUUGUCCAGCUGAUGCCGAUCUUAAUCCUCGUCCUUUCUGCCCUCAGCCAGUUGAUGGUCACUCAGCCUCCAUACAGCCUCAGCUACAGACCGUCCGUCGGACAUAUUCACAAAAGACAUACGUCCAACCUGAAGGUGCUGUACUAUGUGGGGGAACAGUUCACUGAAGAAUAUUCUGGGAACAAUCUGAAGAAUGUGGAGAGGAGCAUAGAAGGAGACUACAUCUCCAACCUCAGGAACAACUGCUGGAAAGAGAGGCAGCAGAAGGAUGGUUUACUGUAUCGAGCCCGUUACUUUCAGGAUUCCGAUUUGUACCAAAGGGCACAGAGAAUGGGAACGCCAAGCUGCUCCAGACUAUCCGAGAUUGAAGUCAUAUUAGACGGCUAGAAACCACUUACACGAAAUAAAGGUUCUUCACUACUUGAAAAUAAUUUAAAGCAAUCUGCUGGAGCUCAUUCGAAUUGGAGAAAAAUCAAGAGAAUCAAGAAUGCCUUAUGUACAGUGGGCAACAAACGAGGAUCCAGGGGCAGUCCCUGAUUGACUUCCUGUAGAACUGUGAGAAGCUUCAACUUGACCGCAGACUUUUUUCUUAACUAUAUAUAUAUAUAUAUAUUAGUGUCUUCAGGACAGUGAGAGGCCACUGUGGAAAUUAGGGGCUUAUUUUAACAUUUUUGAAAGCUGCUAACAUUAGCUUUUUCUCUGACCGAAUCUUUUCUGUUUUACUAAAAAUUCUUGGAGGAACGUCCCGGCCUUCCCUUGAAAGGAUGUCUGAGCCACUUGUGAGGAGAUGUGUGUGAUUUUUAUAGAUCAUUCUAAUGUAAAUAUUCAUCUGAGUUUUAACAGAGCCGGGUUUAUGGAAGUAAAGCUCAUCAUCAUCAUUUGUAUCAUCAUGUGGAUUUUUGCUUGUAGUAUGUUGGACUCUUGAGUCUUGGAGAAUCAUUGCACAAACAUAUUUAUUAAUUUAAUGAUGAAAUUGUACAAAGGUUUCUUUAAAUUAAAAUGUGUCCUUCGA